CUGUGCGCCCUACGCCCGUCAAUAAAUGUCCGUUCCUCCGCCCGGCUCUGUCCGCGUGUGCGCCGCCGCAGCGCGCCUGCUUCCGGUCCCCCGCUGCCGCGCGGGCUGGGGUCCGAGCUCGGGGCGGGUUCCCGCGUGGCGCUGCCGGGAGCGGGCGGUGAUGCGGCCGGAGCCCGCGAGGGGCCGGCCCCGGCGGAACUGGCGGGCCCGAGCGGCGGGACGGGGAGGAGCUGCGGCCGCAGAGCAGCCCCUCGGGAGGCUGAGAGCGGCGGAGGGCGGGAGCUGUGGCGACAGCAGCGAUGGCGGCGACAGUGAGGAGAUCGGGAGCCUGCUGGGGGCUGAGGGCGCGGAGGAGCCGGCGGCGGAGUCCAGCGGGAGAGAUCAAUCUGAUAUGUCUUUUGAGGAACGGCUGCGGGUGCAGAGUGUUAUGAAAACAAGAGUGCACAAGCCAGUCACCAAUGGGAAGAAAACUGCAAAACCUACCAAAGCUACAGUGAAGCAGCAACAAAGCAAAAAGGGGCCAUUGGAAAUGUCUGCCAAGAAGCCUGUACCUUUUCUGCGACAAGUUAUCUCUGUUACAAAGAAGGUCCACAGAGACCCUCGAUUUGAUGACCUGUCUGGAGAGUAUAAGCCUGAAAUAUUUAUGAAGACCUACAGCUUCCUGGACAGCAUCAAGAAGCAGGAGAAGGAGAUGGUUCAGAAGCAGCUGAAAAAAUGCCGGAAUGUGGAGCAGAAGGAGAAACUCCAGCAGCUCCUGAAUCGCAUGACACAGCAAGAACAAGCACAGAAAAAGCAGCAGAAAUCGAGAGAGAGAGAGCUGUCUUUAAAGAGACAACAGAGGGAAUUGGCCAAGCAAGGAAAGAAACCUUUCUUCCUAAAGAAAUCUGAGAAGCGGAAAUUGGAGCUAGCUGAGAAGUAUGCAGAGCUGAAGAGGAGUGGAAAGCUGGAGAGCUUCCUGAAUAAGAAAAGGAAGAGGAAUGCCAUCAAAGACAAGCACCGUCUACCCUCACAGAAGAACUUGUGACUGCCACACAGAUAUGCUGUUGUCUGGCACUGGGAUUCACUCUGUCAUGGCCAGGCCUGAAAGGCCAUUGCUCCUCCCAGUAUCUGCCUUUCACUGUGCAGUGAUGCUGUUAGGCAGCAGAGCAGAGGUUGAAUUGAAGGAAAUAGUUCUUUUUGUAGCCAAAAUGUCCUCUUCACUUGUGGUUUACACCACACCUGUGUGGUCACAAGUCUGUCAUGCAAAUGUACAUGGUGUCUCAGUCCUUGCAAGUUGCUCAUCUCUUCCUCUAGCUUUGGGGGCAUGAGCCCUACCCUGCAGUGCUGGCUCUAUUCCAGAUCUUAUCAGACACCAGCUCAUGUGGGAAAGGACCUCGGGUGGGAGGGCUCUGGUGCCUGUACAGAGCAGGGCUACCAGGUUGCCCAGAGCUUCCUCAUUUGGGUCUGGGAAUGUCCAAGGAGAGAUGCCACCACCUCUCUUAGCCUCUGCUUUACUGCUUCAAGUUCUCAAGAUGAUUUUUUUAAUUCACACACCCCCCCCUCCCCCCCUCCAGGAAACCUGCCUGGUUUUAGUCCAUGUUGUCUCUUUCUCAGUGAAGUGCCUGGCUCUGUCUUCCUAGUAGCCUUGUCAUUGGUCUGCGGGAUAGGUGGGAAGGGAUGCUCUUCUCUUCCUGAGGGUGAAUAAACCCUCUUUCAUCAGCCUUUCUUUGCAGCACUCCAGCCUCUGACAACUUUGACAUCCUCAGCAGGAGUCAGCCCAGAGGACCAACGUCCAUCUUCUGGGGGCCCUGCCUGCAUUGCAGUAUCUGGAUAUCUCACAAGUUCUGAGUAAAGGAUAGAUGAUUGGACCCUUCCCCAUUGCUCUACAGCCUCUGGUGAGGCUGCCCUUCCUUGCAGCCAGGUGAUGCUGCUGACUGUGCUCAGGUGCUGCUGCCUGGGAUCUCUCCAGUGGGGCUGCUUCUUCUCAGCUUCUUCAGGUGGUCUCUACAGGGCUAUUAGUGCUUCUAGGAAACUGAUUCUGUAUGAAAUAAAGUACCUCAGUUUUCCUUUA